GCUGCCAUCAACGACCCCAAGGCGAACUCCUCAAGAUGCCCCACUCAUUCGGUUACCGCGCGCGUACGCGCGACAUGUUCAAGCGGGGCUUCAAGGACCACGGCCCCGUGAAACUGUCGACGUACCUCAUCAACUACCGGGUGGGCGACAUCGUUGACAUCAAGGCCAACGCUGCUCAGCAGAAGGGCAUGCCGCACAAGUACUACCACGGCCGCACGGGUAUCGUAUACAACGUCACCCCGCACGCCGUCGGUGUGAUCGUCUACAAGGUCGUUGGCAACCGCUACAUUGAAAAGCGCGUCAACCUCCGUGUCGAGCACGUGAAGCACUCCAAGUGCCGGCAAGAGUUCAUCGACCGCGUCAAGGCGAACCACGAAAAGCGCACCGCGGCAAAGGAGAAGGGCGAGCGCAUCAACCUCCGCCGUCAGCCUACCCUCCCCCGCGAGGCCCACACCAUCACCGUCGCCGACAACACCCCGCAGACGAUGCGUCCGGUCCCAUACGAGACGUACAUCUAAACGGAUCGCUGCUUAAUCCGGCCCGCCCAGGUGGCGCCGGUUCACGCUGCCUCGCCGUUGACCUUGCACCGUGGGGUUGCGCUACCUCGCCGUCGCUUAUGCUGUCUCUCACUCGCCCCCAUCACACUUGGCGCAGAUGUAUGUACCUUACUAUGCCCACCAUGCAAUUACGACUCCAUGAUAAGGCA